UCUUUUGUCAAGCUCUGCUAAAACUUCCUCUGCUUAUCAAUGGCGGAACUUGAGUGCCCGUCGGUGAUGAGCAAGCUGAUCGCCUACCUCUCAUCUCUCCUCCAACAAGUAGCUGAAUCUAAUGAUCUCAACCCUCGUUUCCACCAACAGAAGAUCUCAGCUUUUCAUGGUCUUAGCAGACCAUCUAUCUCAAUUCAGAGCUAUUUAGAGAGGAUUUUCAAGUACGCCAAUUGUAGCCCCUCUUGCUACGUUGUUGCAUAUGUUUAUCUCGAUCGAUUUACUCAACAACAGCCAUCGCUUUCUAUCAAUUCAUUCAAUGUUCACCGGUUGCUGAUCACGAGUGUAAUGAUUGCUGCCAAGUUCAUGGAUGAUAUGUAUUAUAACAAUGCAUACUAUGCAAAAGUAGGAGGAAUCACCACAACAGAAAUCAACUUUCUUGAAGUGGAUUUCCUAUUUGGAUUAGGGUUUCAAUUAAAUGUAAAUCCCACCACAUUUCACACUUAUUGUUCAUAUCUCCAAAAAGAAAUGUUUCUUCUUCAACCUCCAUUAAACACACAAGAUCCAUCAUUAUCAUCAUCAUCAUCAUCAUCAUCAUCACAAACAUACAAAUCAAGAUCCACAAAACUCCUCCACUAUGAAGAAGAUCAACAACAAGAAGUGGUAGCUGUCUAGUUAAUUAAUUAAUUUGCAUCUUUUUUUUUUUAUCUUUCAAUAUUAUAUUAUGAAGUUUGAGUGCUAAUUAAAAUUUAGGUAGAUUUGUAGAUUAAUAUUUGAUAUGGGUUUAGAAACUUAAACCAUUUUCUUUUUUGUAUUUUCUUGUUGGGGUGCAUGUGACUUGAAUCAAAAGAGUGGUAUAUACAGAUGGGAUGCUUUUUAUA